AACCAGUCGGACACGAACGCUGUUAAUCGGGAAUUAAAAGUCGUUCAGUCGCGAUAAAAUGGUUGUGAAUUAGUAAUCGCGUAUCCUCCGCUUUUUUGUGGCGAUAAUUGUGGUAACGGUAACGUGCAAUAUGUACAGAUACGACCAUAUCGGUCGAUUUUUGGAUUUGCUCGGGUCCAACCCUUAAAGUGCCGGGGUUGGGUUGGGGUUGGAUCGUCGGAUUGUUUCCGCGAUGACACUUGGGUGAAAUUACUUCCGGGUCGAGGGUAUACAGUGCGAGGCGAUGGACGACAAGAAAGGCCCGCGUCACGGCGGAUCCAAGGUUUCGGAAAUAGCGAACAUCUUCCAGGCGAGGGGGCCACUUCAGAGGGAUGACUCCGCGGCGCACCUCAAGAAAUGCAAAAUGGCGGCGGCGGCGGACGCCGAUUCACCGACAGUGACUGUGAUGCGGACCGAGUCGCACGUCACCAGGUUCAACAACGCCAGGGCCAUGUUCGAGAAGCUGGGCGAGGAGAACAAACCCCACCAUCGUAUCCAGACCACCAAGAGCUCUUCGACCAUCGCCGACGGCAGAUCGAGGAGCAGCUCGGCCAACAGCGAGACCCGCGACUCGAAAUCGCAUGAUUCGCGUUCUCCGUCGCCUCAGAAACUCCGAGACGACUCCAAGAAGACGAACGGCUUCGGCGGGAGCAACGGAGCGGCGAGGAUCAAGCCUGACAAACCGGAGAAACCGGAACGGAAGUUUAACAGCAAGGAGCUGAUCGAGCGACAGAAGAACUGGACGUCUCACUUCUCCAAGACGCGGAACUCCAGGUACGGCAGUGACCCGAACAAGGGGGAGGUUAAAGUGGGCGUCGACAAAACGGAAGUGUCGACGGCGGCCGCCAGGAGCGCUUCGUUCACUAGCGCGAGGUUGAAGAGUCCGCCCACUUCACCGCCGUCGCCUCCCGUUCGUACUGAGGCGUCGAGGAGACCGAACGCGGUGAGGAAAGAAAGACCGGCCUCCGUGAUACCGACUACCACUAGUCCGACGAACGUUUGCGUCAAGGAGAAACGUUCGAGUCUCAUCGUAUCGCCACCCAAACGCGAGAAUUCUCCAGAUAGGGACGACACGCCGGCGAUCAAACGCGAUUUCGUCCCGAAAUGCCUGUUUAAAGAGGAGUGCGCCCCGAAGUCGCCGUUGGAGGACAAUGACGCGAGCAAAGAGAGUCUGUCCGCUACGUCGGGCAGUCUCUCUUCCCUCAGUCCGCCGAGCAGCCCGAGCAAGCUCAAGUCGGAACAGGAGAAGCAAGAGCAGGAGAGUAACGAGAAGUCCGUGUUGGGCGGCUUCAACGAACCGUCGCCCAAAAUAGAAGCGAAACUGAAGCCUCACGAAGAAUCGUUGUACGAUUUCCCGGUGAACGAAGACAUUCCUCUCGAGUAUAACGACAAUUCGCCGGAAGACCUCAACGAAUACUCGGAGGGUGACGUCAUCGCGGAGAACCCAGUCAGACUGACGCAGGCGGAGAUCGAAGCCUUGUACGCAGUUCCCAACAAGCACCAGAAGGUCCUUUCAGAAGACAGGGAGUACUCGGUGGCGGAUCGGAAGGGCUUAGGUGUCAGCAAGUCGGUGUCACCGACGGAUUCGGAGGCGGACUACGCGGUCCCCUACAGGUCGGUCAGUGCGGCGCAUCAAAAGUCCGUAGCGUCCACCGAUUCGGACGCGUCCCAAGUGACCGUGGUGCCCCAAAAGUCGCAGGAUUCGGACGGAUCUGCCGCCAUUACGAAUUCGGUGCUGUCGGAACUGGAAUCGCGGGAAAGUUUCACACUAGAGGGCGCUCGCCGAUCGGAACCCUUCAUCAUCAACCUCGAGGUGUUGCAGACUGAGAAAAUCGCCCGGACUCCGGAAAAUCAGAGGUCCGAGGCGAACAUUCUCGAUGCCAACGACGUUGAGUACGCUGACGUGAGCGACAACGACCAAGAGCGAAGUGCGACCGAUAAGAACGCGGCGGAAGCGGACGCCAUGACACCCGACGAAGCGGAGAAUUUACUGAGCAGCAAAAUUCUGGAGAAAAGAAUAAGAGCCGAACUAUUAUCGGACGAAGAGGCGCAGGAGGUGACGAGGCUGCUGCGCGAUCCGAAAAUCCACAAAUGGCCGCCGAGCGCGACCAGUUCCUUACUCCAAGACUCUAUUACGUCUUCAGUGCAAGAUUCCUCUGGACCGGUGUCGUUGAACGAUAGCCUGGGACCGCCGUCAAUCCAAGAGGAGACCGUCACCGAACCUUUGAACGAACUAAACGAUCUGAUAACCCAGAAGCACAUUGAACUGUUGGACAAUAAGAAAGACGCGGAGCCCCUCUCCCAGUAUUACGAGUCCACGUCUAGUUUGGACAUGUCCACUCAGGACGAGGAACUAGUAAACCAGUCGAGGUUCGACGCUAGCGUCUCCGCCUCCGAUUCCGGAUUGAUCGAUUCGGUAACCAGUAUAUCGGAAUCCAACCAUUUGGACUGCGCAACUGAAGAAGCGCUCGAAAUCAACCCCAAACCGGUGCCGAUUGUUGGGGUGGAACACGGUGUUCAUUACUACGAAGACGGGCACUUUUGGAUGGAAGUGCCUGGCCUACCGCCCGAAGAUGAGGACGACGACUUGGACUAUCCCUUGUACGUCCCCAAACCGACCAAAGUGAACUUCUCGAACGAUCCGAUCAGAGUGUUUUCGACUUUCAGCAUAACCGACUAUGACAGGCGCAACGAAGAUGUCGAUCCGGUUGCCGCGUCGGCCGAAUACGAACUGGAAAAACGGGUGGAGAAGAUGGACGUUUUUCCGGUGGAACUUAUCAAAGGUCCAGAGGGGUUGGGGUUGAGUAUUAUAGGGAUGGGAGUCGGCGCCGACGCCGGUCUUGAAAAACUCGGGAUAUUCGUCAAAACGAUAACGGCAAACGGGGCGGCCUCGAAAGACGGCCGCAUCAAAGUCAACGACCAAAUAAUCGAAGUGGACGGCAAGAGCUUGGUGGGCGUGACUCAGGCUUACGCGGCGAGCGUCCUGCGGAACACUUCCGGCCUUGUGAAGUUCCUCAUCGGACGAGAGAGGGAUCCCGAGAACAGCGAAGUCGCCCAGCUAAUCAGACAGUCCUUGCAGGCCGAUAAAGAGAGGGAGGAGCGACGGCAGAGGAUGCUGGAGGCGGAGCAGCAACAGAGCGACGCGAGUACCGUACAGCUAACGGGAUCCGCUAAUACGAGCGUAAGCGAUGGUCCCGCGAGCCCGACGGUGAACCAGGAAAGCCUCUUCGACAACGAGCAGGAUAAUUCGGAAUCCCUGAGGAACCUGCUGCAGGAGACGCAACGCAAGCUUAAGUUCUCUGAGCAUGAGGUCACACGCCUAAAGUCGAAGAUCAUGGAACAGAACGGGAUGAAGCCGGACGAUUCAGAAAAAUUCGAACAGGUGAACCAGCGUCUGCAGGACGCGGAACGGCAGCUUUCGUUCGCCAAAAAGGAGGUCCAGACGUACCAGAACAUGCUGGAACAAUCUCAGACGCAAUACGCGGCCCUCGAGAAAAAAUACAGCAGGGCCAAACAGUUGGUCAGGGAGUUCCAGCAACGAGAGCUCGACAUGCUGCAUCGCGAGGACUUUUACCAGCAGCUGUUGCAGGAAAAGGAUACCGAGUACAACGCGUUGGUGAAGAACCUGAAGGACCGGAUCAUAGCCCUGGAACAGGACCUGCUCGACACGCAAAGGAAGGCGGGGCUGCCUAUGGCGCUGCCGUACGACGGUAUAAAUUCGAAACAGCUCACGCCGCAGAUGUCGCGGAAACAGCCGCCGAAACCGCUGUUCCAGACCCUCAAUCCGGAACUCUCCGAUACGGAGGUGUCCGACGCGAGUCCCGACGACGACAAAACGGCGACGGUGGAAAGGAAACUCCCGGUCAAGGAAGAAUUCGACAGUGCGGUCCCGCCCCACGAGCUAUUAGACAUAGCUGCGACCAAAAGCAAGGCGGAACUGGCGACGCGCGGUUCGUUGGCGAACCGACAAUUGCCGAGCGUUAAAAAGGGCUCGUUGAGCAACAGCAGCUCGGAUUACGGUCUCGACGAGAGUUACAACUCGGCCGACGAAUUGACAGAUCCGGUCGCUUAUUCGCCAAAGUCUAAAUUCAUUAACAUCGCACCAACUACCACCACCACCACCGCUACCAUAUCAACCACUGCCACCUCUAACGUGCCGAGGCCCGCCUCCUUGCACACUAACUUGCGAUAUUUGCAGCAGUAUAACCUCCAGCAGCAGCAGCAGCAGCAGGUCGAAUCACAACACUAUACUUCGGUGCAAUAUAGUCAAGUACAGAGAUCUGGCGUGUACUCCGCCCAGAAUCAGGGCGUGGUUUAUGCAAGAGUACAGAAGGACAGUACCGUGCAGCAGGGCGAGAUUUCUUGGGUCGACGGGGGCGGCACGAAGGUGGGUCCGCCCCCGUCUCUCGCGGAACAGCUGAAACAGGUAUUGGCCGAGAGGGAGAAGCGUUUGAGCAGCGACAGCGUGCACAGUUCCACCGACGAGCUGAACGAAAAGUCGAAAAACAACGCUGCGCAGCAUUUGCUGGAGGAAAUCCGGCAAGCCGUCAACGAAGCGAACGCCAAAGUUAAGAAAGUUGUUCCCGUAACGUUAUCGCCCCCAGGUAGCACGCCCUGGCAACACCAGGGAAACCCUUCGCCCACCCCGCCGUCCCCGUCGAGCUUGUCGUCCGGUUCCGUGUCGCCAUCCAGGCACGACACUUCGUGGGCGGCCACAGACUUAAGUCUGUCCUCGUGUAGCAUAGCUAGCGAUAAAAGGAACUCGCAUUUUUGGCAAACCACGCCCGUUAAUGAUUGGAACAAAGAUCAAGUGUGCCAGUGGUUGUUGCAGAUCGGCCUCGAUCAGCACAUACCGAAGUUCGCUGAGCUGCAAGUGAACGGCAGCGCGCUGACUCUGCUGACGUCAGCGGACUUUAAAAUUCUCGGUAUAACUAGCGACGACAAAAACCGACUGAAACGGAAAAUCAAAGAGCUGAAGGUGCAAGCGGAAAAGGAACGGAAACAAAUGGAAAGGGAGCGGAAAGAGAAGGAGAAGCAGCUGCGGAAGGCGGAGAGGGCGAACAAAAAGAAAUGAAGGCCUCAGGAAUAGACUUUCCGUCGAUAGUUUGGUAGUUCAAACGUACCACAAUGCCAUAUUGUUUAAACGAGGCGCGAGUGAGUUUUGAAUUUUUUGACUGUGAUGAUAAUAUUUCUAAAUAAUUGUGUAGCACAACAUCCGUCAGUCAUUUUUAAUUCGUUAUUUAUUUUAUCGAUUUUUGAAUGUGCGAAGGUGGACAGUGGACUAGGUGAGUACUAUAGUGAAACCUAAAAUUUCAUUGUAACUGUGCGAACGAUGUAAUCCAAAAGUUUUUUGUAAAUUUUGGGGUAGCAAUUUCUAAUUACGAACCCAAUUAAAUUAUGUGCCGUAAUUGGGAUAUUUUAGAAAAUGUGUAUUAUUAAACAUGUGCUCGUGUUGUACGUAGGAGUGGACGUUUAGUUUUUCGGGCAGUACUUAGACGCCUUUUUUGUUUUUUCACGCGUUUUAUUUAAAGUUCCUUGUCGCCCGAUUCCCCGAACAUUAUGUGAUAGGUAUCUUAUCGAACGACCCCCAAUAUUUUAUUUAUUAAUUUAUUUCAUAUUUUAUUCACGGUUUUUGUCACGCCUGUUGUUUCGAAAUUAAAUAUCUAUUAUUUAAAUUGUUUUAAAUUUUAUUAUUUUUUUGCUUGUGCGAAAAUUUGCGGGGUGUUUAAAAGAUGCGCGGCUAUAUUUAAGGUUUUUAAGUUUAAAUUUGGCUUGUUUCUGGCGAUAAAUGAAUCGAAAUUAAGCAGUUCCAUUGGGGAUAGUAAAAUUUAUAAACAAAAAUGUACGCCACUGGCUUUAAUUUAAUUGCAACACUUUACUACUUUUUCCUCUCUUGAAUUUUUCUCUCAUCUUCCUUCAUUCGCCGGAUAAAAAAUUGCAUGUCAAUAUAAAUAUUUUUCAACAUAACUUAAUAUUGAACUCAUAGGUCCUCAACAUUUUCUACAGGAGUAAUCCUUCACACUUUGGGUAAGUCUGGUAGUCUGGUGGAAACACUGGUUCGGUUAGGCAGUCAAUUUCUUAUUGGAUUCCUUGACAAAACUUGACGAGUUAGAUAAAUCGUCCGUGAGGAUCGUUUUUGGCCUGCCAGUACUCAGAGGCAAUAAGACUAGGAGACCUUUUAGUGUACAUCUUCCAUCAGCCUGUACCUGGGAAGCAAUGAAUUUUUUCGUAAAAUGAUCUAUAAUAAAAUAGGGUGUGGCCGCUUCUCACAUUCCAUAAGUCAUGAUUUCACUCUCAUAGCUCGUCUUACUGUUUCAUUUCUGUAAUGGUUCAGGUUGGAGUGUUCUAUUGCUUCUUCUUUAGUAGUCCAUCCCCACAGCCAGCAGUUUAUCCUCGUUUCUCUCUCACAUAAUUCCCAAGUUUCUGAGCCCUACGUAGUUAUUUAGUUUUUUGUGAGAAAACCACUGCUUUGGAAAAGGGUCACACCAAGAUAAGCACCUAACCUAACUUCUAUCGGUUUUAAACAGUAGAACAGCAAGAGAGCAACCUUGUUUUUUUUACUCGCUUCGGCGGUACACAUACUACAAUUGGAAAGAUACGGAGAAGAUCAGCAUGGCGCCUGGCCAAGGAUGACACUCAAAAUCGUGAAGCGUUCCACAUUUUUUACUAACAUAGUACUGAGGGAAGCAAGUGAGAUGGAUUUGGAACACAAAAGAUAAAAGCCCAAUCUGUUCCGUUAAAAUUCAGGAAAGAAAAAGGAAAAACAGUAAUAACUCCUAAUAGUUUGCAGUUAAGAAGAGUGACACUUGCACUCCUGAUUUUCAGAUCUAGCUUUUACAGAUGCCAGAUUGGGCUUGCCAAAUGAUCUAUCCAGCAAAGCAGUCAUCCUUUCAGACUCAAAAAGUUUCCUUGGAGAUAUCAAUAAAACUGUGUUGCAUGCAAAGUGAAACUACUUAACCAAGUCUGCUGAAUACGAAGCCAUACUACUAUAUAUAUAAAAUUAAGUUUUAGGGAGUUUUCCCUAAAUUAAAGCAUAACAUCUGGAAAGCUUUUGGAGUGACAGAUCGAAAUGGAGUUAAUUUAAGCUCACAUUUUUCUACUCCGCCAUCUAAACCCUGGUUUCAUCAGCUGGAUGCCAAUAGAAGAGACAUCCCAACUAGGUGUAAACUGGGAAGCAACCAUUGCUGUUCUCCUGCUUACCUAAGUAGAAUUAAAUUUAAACCCUCCGGACACUGUAAAUGUUUAUACUACUAGAAUUGUUUGGUGUUACCCAGACCUUCUUUACGGAGGCAUCCUUCGUGGAAAUAGUUUAUUGCACACCGCUACCGAGAAGCUGACCGAAUUGCCUUGGCGGCAGUAACCAAAAAGCACAAAUAAAAAAAAACCUUUUAUCGAGUAUUUUUUAAACACCCUGUAACAAUAUUGCAAGCAGCUGUACAUUAUCGUAAUACCGCGUUUUUUUUUGUUCAUUUGUAUCGGAAAAUGUAAUCGUCUUAUAGUACAAAAACCAAAUCAAAUUUCGAUAGGUCGUGUGGUUUUUCGUUAAGGGGAGGCACAGCGCAAAAUCGCCGUUUUGCUCAAUUUUCGAGAUUUCCCUGACGGAUUCUUUUUUAUAGCCAUAGCCGAUGUCUGAGGCGCAUUUUUUUUGUGAUUCAAUUGCAAUUUUUGUAUUUACAAUAUAUAUUGAAUGAACAUGUAGAUCCGAUGAAAUUAAUAAAAAUGACCUUGU